ACCCUGCACGCGCUCCCGCCGAGCGGGAGAACCCGGGCAGCGUGGGGCAGCGGGCGGGGGUGAGAGGCGGAAUGGGCGCAACGGGAGGAAGCAGGACACCCCCAUCGGCUGCAUUCCCGCCUCUGCUGCCCCGCUUCUCCGCCCAGUCAUCACUCACCGACGCCCCUUGGGCCUCAAGGUUUCCAGAGGUUGAUUCUGGCUCCCUUGAGCCUGGAGUGAGACUUAGAAGGGGCCGGUUCCCCAAGUGAACCUGGACUGUUUCCCACCCCCAGACUUCAUUGUCCCAGCGCGGGAGGGGGCGCUUCCCCCAAGGACUUCCUCGGACUGUCACUGUCUGGAAGGAACAUUUUCCCCCGGGGCAGGUGUCCUGCUUUGAGGUAGCUCAUCGAGGCUCAGGCUCAGCCUCACAACAGCCGGGUGACUUUGGGCAGUCCCCCACUUUCCUGUGUCUUCGUGUCCCCAUUGGUAAAACUGCACAGCAGUCAUCUAGGGUGAGGCCUGCAGCCACUCUGUUUAAUAGUGCACCCCUCGGACUCCCUCUCCUCCCGCGCACCUUGUCUGUUGGUUGUCUGUUACUCCUGUGACAGACCUCAGUGCCAGGCAUGCAGGGGACUUGGCGGAAUGCAUUGCAGUGUUCUCAGCCUAGAGCCUGUGGUUGCAGGCUCCAGGGCCUCAGCUAUGGCCCUCCGGUUCCUGCUCUUCCUUUUUGUUCUGCUACUCUCUGGGACAGGAGUCACGGGCACCUUGAGGAGCUCCCCGGACCCAAGCCUGGAGAUCUACAAGAAGAUGUUUGAGGUGAAGCGGCGGGAGCAGCUCUUGGCACUGAAAAACCUGGCACAGCUGAACGAUGUCCACCAGCAGUACAAGAUCCUUGAUGUCAUGCUCAAGGGGCUCUUUAAGGUGCUGGAGGACUCCCGGACAGUGCUCACUGCUGCAGAUGUGCUCCCAGAGGGGCCCUUCCCCCAGGAUGAGAAACUGAAAGAUGCUUUCUCCCAGGUGGUGGAGAACACGGCCUUCUUCGGUGACGUGGUGCUGCGCUUCCCGAGGAUCGUGCACCACUACUUUGACCACAACUCCAACUGGAACCUCCUUAUCCGCUGGGGCCUCAGUUUUUGCAACCAGUCUGGAGUCUUUGACCAGGGACCCUACGCGCCCAUCCUCAGCCUGAUGGCCCAAGAGCUGGGGAUCAGCGAGAAAGACUCCGACUUCCAGAACCCCUUUAAAGUAGACCACGCCGAGUUCAUUUCCAGCACUGACCCUUUCCAGAAGGCCCUGAGGGAAGAAGAGAAACGCAGGAAGAAAGAGGAGAGGCGGAAAGAGAUCCGGAAAGGCCCGCGCAUCUCGAGAUCCCAGUCUGAGUUAUAGCCCUGGAGCAGCCCGGGGUCGCAGGGCCAGGAGGCAGCAGGGCCUGGGUGCCGCCAGGGCCUGGAGCCGGCCCGCAAGAGGCCGAGAUUGCUUGGCCCCUGGAGCCAACGCGGCCCCAGCUGAAGGGCCUGAGCCUCAGAGGGCUGGAUUUCCCAGGGGCUCCUGGGGCGGGGACCGUUCCAGGGACCCUGCGAGGACGCCGUGCUGCAGCUCCGCUGGGGAGGCGGGAGAGGUUCCAGGCUGGACCCUCCCGGGGGAUGAAGACCUCUGGCCAGCUGGCUGCUGCCCUUCUUGGGGAGCCAGCAGAGCCAGACUGCAGUGUGGAGCUGCCACAUCUGCUCUGGGCCUGCCAGGUCGCGACCGCCAGGCCCAGGUCCUGGCCCCAGCUGCCAGGCCCCUGCAGAGGCACAAUAAAGGCCAGCAAACUGCCUGGGCCCACUGAGACUGGUUUGGGUCCCAGGGAGCCACGAGCCCCUUCAGGAGCCUGGGGGGUGCACCAGGGACCCUGAGAGUUGUAGAGACCAAGAGGGUCUUCCUGCCCCUCAGGAGGAGCCCCAGACCCUGGUGGGGCAGCAAAGCGGCCGCUGUUUUAGGCUCUUCACUGCCUAGCACGGUCCUUGACGAAGGGUCAGUGUUGGGAAGGCGUGGGGGCGUCCCAGGAGGCGUUUAGCCCAAGAUGAUCUUGGAGCAACAUGAUCUCUGUCCUCGACACCUGGGACCGUCCCUGAGCACGCUUGGGAAGUGCCCGUCUGUUUUCUCUGGCAACCCCGGGAGACGGCCUGUGGCUGGGACAGUCUGCGGCUCCGCAGGAAGCCAUGCGUGGCCUGGCAGGGCUGCUGGAGCCGGUCCCCAGCUGAGACCCGUGAGCAGAGACCCGUGGCCACCGCUGGCUGCUGCAGAGGCCACCCUGGUGGGCAACUACUCUGGGGGCAGUGCUUGCUCUCGAGCUCGCUGAGCAGGAGCUGCCUCUCAGCAGGGCAGGGACAUGCUCAUCCCCAGAACCCCCAGCCCCACCACUGACAGGGAAGUGGAGUCUCUUCUCGGCCCCGCAGACUUGCCCCCCACUUCCCUGUGCUGUGGCUUCGUGCGGUGCACCUGAGCCCCCCGCCCAGCCCUCAGCUCCGUUCUGAGGCCGGGCCGCUGCUUGGGGACAGGUGCCUGUCUCCCACGGUUCUUCCUUGUCCCUGCAUCUGCUGAGCGCCCACGUGUGCACAGCCGGAGGGGCCGCUCUUACCCGUCUUCACCUCUGUCCAUCGGGUACCCCCGUGCUGACUCGUCCAUCUCCACUUCCAGCCUCUCCAUCCUGGUUGAUCCCUUUCCCUCUGCCCUCAAUGGGCCCAGUUUCCUUCGGGGUACCUCCCCUGCCCUUUGCUGCCCGUGUUGGCUGUUGUGCUCGCUUCCUGCGGGAGUGCCACCUCCAGGCUUACUGCCCAGCCGGCCCACUCCCUCCUGCCCAGAGCUGGAAGGGGCAAGGGCACGGGUUUGUCCCGCCUCCUUGCAGCUGGGGCUGGGGCUGUGCCGAAGCACCACAAGCCGGAAGCCCAGCCUGGGGCACUGUGCACUCAGAACCCGAUUCAGGGACCAGGACAGCCAUGUCGGGGGCGGGGGGCUUCCAGUGUCCAGACCCGUGCUGGGGUGCAUGGUGGCCACAGUGGUGGUUUCAGUGUGGUCUGGGCAGUGCUCCUGUCUGGUGAGCCCGGGGGCUCUCCAGCACCCUCUGGCAGGCUUCCUGGCAGAGCGCUGUUUACACUUGGGGCAGACGAGUCUGUCAGGAUGUGAGGGGGUCCAUCCUGUCCCUGCAGGGUGUUCGGUGGCAUUCUGGGCCUCUGCCCCCAGGUGCCCGUGGCAGUCUUCCAGUAGGACAACUAAAAAUGUCUCCUCAUUGCCAGAUGUCCCCUGGGGACAUGAUGCCCAGAGAUGAUGUCGCUGACUUCUGGAGAUGUCCCUUCCCGACUCUGGGGCUUGGCACCAUGUUGUCCUGGUUCUUGGCCCCUGAGUCUGCGCUUUCUCUUCCCGAGUGUUCUGUCCUCACCUGCCCCUUAAACAGGGUUCUCUCAGCUUAGUCUCUUUUUUUUUUUUUAAUUUAUUUAUUUUUAUACAAGAGCUGGGGUAUAGGCCAGAGGUGUGGGAGGGUGAGAGGACUCACCAGAGCCAGAAUGGGGAACAGAACAGGCAGACUGACUGAAAUACACUGCUGAGGGGAGCAGCGGGCAUGACAGGAGAGGUCUGCCGCGCCAUAUGGCAAUCUCCCUGGCCGUCCAGGAAUCGAACCUGUGCUGCAGAGGCUGCGGACAGCUUCACAGCGCUGCGCUUGACCCGCUGUGCCACUUGCAGGCCCUCCUCUCUUCUUUUCUUAUUGGCAGUUACAUCCCCAAAGCUAUUGGUACUUGCCCUGAUGCCACCUGACAACCCUCUGUCCUUAUGUUUCCCACUGCUGACUCCACCUCUUUGUCAAACAGUGGGGUCCGUGCUUUUGCUUAAUCCUAGAGGAAGUGACAGCAGAACUGAGUCCUGCAAGAGUAAGGAGGGAGGACAGUCCCUGUGAGCGGAGGCCCAAAAGGGAGGGCUCGGAGGUCUUACAUGUGGAGACCUGCCGGCUUCUGGUGUGACAGUGGGGGCGCCCCAUAUGCGGCGGCCUUCUGAGCAUCGUGGCCAUCUCGUCCAGUCUCUCCCUUUGCAGGUGAAGACCCCAGGACCCGAGGAGUAAUUUGUCUAAGGCUGUUCCACCCGAUCCUGGCGAGGGCACACUGGCAGGAAGAGGUGCUCAGUUAGGUGGCACCCAGGGCAGAGGGCUGAGGUCUGUUCUGCUAGGUUUGGGUCUAGUGCUGCCAUCUUUCUCCUGCCAUUUCUACCACCAUGCCUGCACGCGUGCCCCUCGCCACUGCUCUAGUUGCUGUGACCUCCGGGCAGGCCCAACUGGGAACUCUGCCCAUUUAUUGGACCUGGUGCUCUGAUAGCCCUGGGCAAGGCUCAGGGAUAGGAGGGCACUGACCAGAGUGAGUCACGGUAGGCCAGCAAAGUCUCCUGCCAGUGUGGGGAGCCCCACAAGGGCCACUGAGAGGCACCGUGGGAGGUGGCACGGUCCAGGCCGGGCAGCAGGCUUAGUUCUCUGUUGGGGGGAGGGAGGGGCUGGUGCCACCCAAACCAAGCCAUCCCCGAGCACACACUUGUCUCCCUCCCACCCCCACCCAAAUUAGGUGCUUUAUUUGUUACCCAUGUUCCUUACAAAACGUGCUUUAAACAGUACAGAAAUACCAAGAAGGAAGCAAAAUUCACCCUAAACCAAACCACGCCCCUAGACGGUGAUGGAGCAAGGCUGCUGGACAUCCGUCCUUUCUGCCUUUUACGUGAGAAGCACAUCCUCUGUUUCCAGGUGCAGUAGCGGCGGUGCUGGGCCCUCAGCAUGUAUGUGCCAGGCCUGGUGCCAGCUACUCUGCCUCAGGGCCUUUGUGCAUGUCACUGGUUUCCCGCUGGCUGUGCCAGACACGGUUCUCACACGUCUCGGCUUCAGCGCCAGUGCCGCCAUCCUUUCUGACGCCCCGUCGGAGCCUCACGGCCGUUAUUCCCCUUGACGACUUGGGUCAUCGUGUGGUUCCUGUUUGAUGUUGCUUUUCCUGCCGGGCGGGAAGCGCUCGGAGGGCAGGAGCCCUUCGCCAGCGAUGCUCAAUAAAGGUCGUCAAAUGAACGUGUCAGUCACCGUCGAGUCCUCACGACCAGGCGGCCCCUGGUUCCCCGCGGUGCAGACGACAGAACCGGCCCAGAACAGCCUCUGCCCCGC